CCUAAACUCAAAGUAUUUCUAUAAUUACAGUUUUGCAAUUAUGUGUGCAAACGGUCCAGAGGUAGGACAUUCUUACGUCUGUGUAAAAUACGGCUCGGAGGAUACCGAUUUAGUGUUAGUGUUUACGUUUAUGACACAGCUGAACAGGGAAUGGCCGCACGCUGCCGAGCUUGAAGCUGGAGUUAUACUCACGGUUGCAAUUCUCUCAAUGUUAGGCAAUGCCGCUGUUCUGUACUUUUUGUUGAAAUCAAAAGAGAGGAAGAACGUCACCAAUUGCUUUGUUAUCAACCUGCUCAUCGCUGAUUUGAUGUACGUUUUGACUGUCCCUGCAGUCGUGACGGGUAGGUUGACUUCAGGGUGGUUGCUGGGAGGGGCAAUGUGCUCUUUAACCCACUACUGGCUGUUUGUGUGUGGUUCAACAAUGAUUUGGACGAUGACAGCAAUCAGCAUUGACAGAUACGUCAACAUCAACGUUGGAAUUUCGACGACAAAUCGUUUGAGCAAAUGGCAUAUCAUUGCAAUCUGCGUAGCAAUUUGGCUCAUUGGCAUUGUCAUAUUUCUUCCUGUUGCGCUGUAUUCACAAGUUUUAGAAGGCACAGCAAAUGGCAGAACUGUCAAUGUAUGCGCUUUGUUUUGGCCGGAUGGAAACGACAAGAAACAUUCAAUCAUUUUUAUUGUCCUUGCAUGUAUUUUUGACUUUGUUAUCCCAGUAUUAAUUAUAAAUUCAAAUUACUUUCGGAUAUACAAAAGAUAUCGGAACUCGAGGCGGGCUGUAGAGAACUUUAACAAGGCGGGAAGCAGUAAAACAUUCCAAAGAAGUUCGUCCGUCAAUAAUCAGAAGUAUCGUGUGCUGAAGACGCUUGUUAUCCUCGUCGUGGCUUUUUUGCUGAUGUGGGGGCCUUUAUUUAUCGCGUUUUCCCUCAUAGAGCUCGAUCGGUCAAACGGUUAUUACAAGAUACCAUCGUCCACAUUAGUUUGGGCUACCACCGCGGCCUACGCAAAUACUUUCUUCAACGCCUUACUCUACGGAAUGACAACAAAGCAACUUAAAUCAGGAGUCAACAGAAUCCGUGAAAGAUUUACAACGCAUGUGGAACAUAGCAGGGCUGUAGAAACGCCACCAUCACAAACAAUGCAGAAAUAACGGCAUGUGAAUACUGGAACAUAGCGGGGCUGUAGAAACGCCACCGUCACAAACAAUGCAAAAAUAACGGCAUGUGAAUACUGGAACAUAGCGAGGCUGUAGAAACGCCACCAUCACAGGCAAUGCAGAAAUAACGGCAUGUGAAAACUGGAACAUAGCGAGGCUGUAGAUACGUCACCAUCACAGGCAAUGCAGAAAUAACGGCAUUUGAAUACUGAUUUCACACAAAACAUAAAGCAAGCAUUAUUUGUGUUUAACGUUUAUGUCACCAUGCCAUUAUAACAACGUAUUACUUUUAGGUUUCUACGAAUAUAGGAAGUUAAGUUGGAAUGUGACUACGAGUGAUCAGAAGUUAUUGUGUUAAAUACCCUAGCUAUUCUAGUCAUAAGCCUACUGGUGCGGAUAUCUUACCCGUAAAGAGCACGAAAAUAAGCCUUUCUAGUGAUACUGGUGUCUUUAUUUACCCGUAUAGAGCACAACAGCUUAAGUUAUUGGGCUACCACUAUAGACUAAGCGUACAAUCUGGAGCCUUAUUACUUCGCUACCAGGGGUGGAUCCAGGAAUUGGCGUUAGAUGGGGCGUAACCUAGGUGCACAACCUUUUGGCAUCCGCCCUCCU